AUAACCAAGGCAGGCUCAGCAACUCAAGAGCUCCUGAGAGAGAAUUGUGACUGCGGCAACAGUUCUGGCCAAGGUAGCAAGGGAUAGCGACUUCUGGCAAGAGUUCAAAAGCCAAGGUCUGCGAAAGGACUUGGCCUAGCGAGGCAAGGCCAAAUAUCAACAUGGAGUACAGACUUCAUAGAGUAAAAGUCUAUGUCAUGAUGGAAGACAAGCAGUGGAAAAACGUAGGCACAGGACAAAUUUCAUCCAAAUACAGUGAACAGCUCCAGGGUGUGUGCCUACUUGUUCACUCAUUAUCAGAUGGAUCACCAAUUAUGGAGUGCAAGAUACAUCCUAAUGUGCCCUAUCAGAAACAAGAAGGGAAAAUAAUAAUUUGGUCUGAAGCUAAGAACCAUGGCAUGGCAAUACAUUUCCAGGAACCAAAUGAUUGUCAAGAGAUCUGGGAAGAUAUCUGCCAAAUUCAAGGUAAAGACCCACAUGUAGAAAUCACACAAGAACUUACUGAUGAUCUGGAAAGUUUUGAACAUAUGCCUCUGAUAUGGAAUUGGGUUGAGAUAUCAAACUGUGAAAUCCAUUCACUUAAAAAUAUUGCAGAGUUAUUUCCUUUUGUCUUUGAAAUGCCAAGCCAGAAAGAAAGGCUGGCUCUGUUCUUAGAAAAUGAAGGAUACAUUAAAAAAUUGCUACAGCUGUUUCACACUUGUGAAAAACUGAAGAACAUGGAAGGACUAUACUAUUUGCAUAACAUUAUUAAAGGAAUCCUGUUUCUAAACAACACACGUUUGUUUAACAUCAUGUUUUCUGAUGAAUUUUUCAUGGAUAUUGUAGGAUGCCUUGAAUAUGACCCUGCUUUGGAUCACCCAAAGCAGUACAGGGAAUUCUUGACUCAAAAUUCAAAAUUCAAGGAAGUUAUACCAAUAAUACACUCCCAACUUAGGCAAAAAAUUAAACAGACCUACAGAAUGCAAUAUGUUCAUGAUAUUAUGUUGCCUACACCAUCCAUAUUUCAAGCGAAUCUUCUUUCUGAUAUUACCACUAUGAUUUUUUUCAACAAAAUUAAUAUAAUUAGCAUGAUUCAGGAAGACGAAAAAUUUUUGCUCGAAGUUUUUGCUCAGUUAAAAGAUAACAGUAUAGGUGAUGAAAGGCGGAUUGAAUUGUUAUUAUUCCUCAAGGAAUUCUGUGCAUUUGCUAAGACAUUACAGUCUCAAAAGAAAAAUGUGUUACUGAAAACAUUUAUAAAGCUAGGAAUCAUGAGUGUACUGAAAGUUGUAGUGCAUAUGAAUGAUUACCAAAUUCAAGUAGGUGCUCUAGAUAUAUUUGCUUAUCUAGUAGAAUAUAGUCCAAGCCUAGUCCGAGCUUAUGCAAUGGAAGAAGCUCAGGGCAGUGAAGAUAAUGAUGACCUUCUCAUUAAUAUAAUGAUCAAGCAAAUGAUCUGUGAUUUUGAUCCUGAAUUUUCACAAGGCAUCAUUAUGACAGCAGUUCUCCAUGACCUUCUUAAUCCAGAAAAUAUGUGUUCCACAUCUAAGGGUUGUGAAAGAAAGGUAUUUCUGAAUUUCUUCUAUAAACGUUACAUGAGGAAACUUAUAGCACCAAUUUUGUCUAUCAGAGUAGAAAAUGACAGCAAUGAUAAUAGGGUUUACAUCUGUCCUGAUAAUUAUCAAAAUGCACAAUUGCUUGGAGCAAUUUUAGAAAUACUCACAUUUUGUGUGCAAUAUCACUCAAUGUAUAUAAAACAUUACAUUUUUAGCAACAACUUGCUCAGGAGUAUCUUGGUGCUAAUGAGUUCAAAACACACUUUUCUGAUUUUGUGUGCUGUCCGUUUUAUGAGAAAGAUGAUUGGCCUCAAAGAUAAAAUGUACAAUCAUUACAUAAUUAAGGAAAACCUGUUUGAACCAGUUGUAAAUGUUUUUAUGCAUAAUGGACAUAGGUACAAUAUGUUAAAUUCAGCUAUUAUUGAGCUAUUUGAAUUUAUAAGGAAAGAAAACAUCAAGUCUCUGAUUGUAAAUAUUGUGGAAAAUUUUUUCAUGGCUUUUGAAUCAAUUGAGUAUGUCCAGACCUUUAAAGGUUUGAAAACUAAAUAUGAAGAACAGAAGAAAAGAAAAAGUCAAAGAAGAAAAAAUCUACAUAGUAUAAUGCACCCCAAAAUGUAUUGCAGAAAUAUCGAAGAUAUGGAGGUAAAGGUCAAAGCAGACAUAUAUUGUAGAGGAAUCAUAGAAGAAGAAAGACAAGGAGGGGGAGAAGAAGGAGCUAUUCUACCAAUGGGAAAUGACUUUACAAAUAAUUAUGACAUAUUUAUGAAAAAUAAAGAUACAAAUGAAAGUGAAAAUAAAAUAGACCAGCUCAAAAGAAAAUCAGCUGAAACUUCUGAAUGUUGUCCAUCUCAUGGGGAUGCUUCUGCUACCAGAAUGAAUAGGUCACACUGUAGCAGCCUGGUUCCUUUAGUGGAUUACCCAUAUUAUACUGAUGAUGAGAAUGGUGAUGAUCCUUAUGGUAAUGAUAAAGAUGAAGAUGAAGAUGAAGAACCUCCCCCCAAAAGACCUAAUCUAGUACAUGAGACUUUAUGAGGCCUUCAACUCUAAGUUCAAAUAAAAUUCUAUAAAUAUCA